GAGAAAUUCAAAGAUAAAAUAAAAUAAUAUGGCACACAUAGCAUUCCCCCAAUGGGCUAAAACAAUUACCACUGUCUCUACGAAUACCUACAGCUAUGUCUACAUCGCACCAAAAACAACCACCUACUCAACCCUCCUUUUUCUGCAUGGCUUCCCGUCUUCCUGUUACGAUUGGCGCCAUCAGAUAAAGUAUUACUCUAUUCACGGCUAUGGAAUUCUUGCUCCAGAUCUGCUCGGGUACGGAGGCACCGACAAACCAGACUCCCUACACCACUACCGCGCAAAGACAAUGUGCGACAGCCUGAUUGAGAUAAUGGAUCAUGAGCAUAUAGACCGGGUGCAUGCCGUGGGGCAUGACAUGGGAUGCGGUCUCUUAUCCCGUCUGGCGAAUUAUUUCCCGCAUAGGCUGUUGAGUUGCACGUUUCUGACGGUGCCCUAUGCAAAGCCAGGAGAAAAGUUCGAUUUACAAGCUGUGAAUGCAAUGACAUCGCAGUUUUUCGGGUUUGAGAGGUUUGGGUAUAUAGAAUUCUUUGUCAGAGAAGGGUCAGGAAAGAUUAUUGAUGAGCAUAUUGACUCCUUCUUCUCAUUAUUCUACCCUCACGAUGCAGAGGUUUGGAGCAGAAAUCUUGCCCCGAUCGGCGCAAUUGAAAGCUGGUUGAGAGCAGACACCAAAGCGCCUCUUCCAUCAUUCAUUACGACAGAAGAAAAAGAAACGCAUUGUCAGAUUCUGCACGGAUACUACGACAAAGCAGUCAACUGGUAUCGCGCAUUGGCAAACAAUAUAAACAUCGAGGAUGAGCUCAACGAAAAUCUGGACCCCAUGCUGCAUAUGCCCGUCUUGGUCAUCACGGAACAGCCGAGUGCAAUCAGUAUCCCUGGUUUUGCAGAGCAGAUGAAGCAGUUUGCGGAUGAUGUCCGGUUUAAACAAGUUAAGACAAAUGGUCAUUGGGUGCAGUUGGAAGCAAGAGAUGAGGUGAAUUCCAUGAUUCAGGAGUUUAUCCAUGAAGUGUGUUGAUAUGUAAACAUUGAAGCAAAUUUUCUGUUAUACAUGUUGAUAUCUCCUCUCAGUCAAGGAAAUGAUACGCCACCCGUGCAUAAUAUAACAAUUAUAGCAUCUGGUGAACCAACUAUACUACAAUAGUAUAAUGGUCAAUGUUGAAAAGACUUAACAGCUCGGGAAUACACGCAUGCAGCAGAACCAAUUCUGUCAAUCAUUGGUUAUGGAAUCAUUUCCGGCCUUCGCUUGAAUUACUCAAAGGCUAAAAGGAGUGAAAAUAAAUGGCGUACUAGGCCAUCAGAAAUUUAAAAUUCCC